AUGCUGUGAAACGAGGCAAGCCUCUGGUCAAGUCAACUCUACCCGCACAUAGCCUUGGGGGGCUUCCUUCGAGUACACGCUGUCAUCCUGACAGUUUCGUGAUCGACCUCCGCGCGCGCAACAGCAACACCGUCAAGCGUUUUUCGCCCAUCCCGGACAUGACCAAUGUUCGAUACGAGGUGGCUCGAUCGCGUUAUCGCUCUAAAUUCGACGUGGCCGCGGCAUUUGAGCAGGUUCGGGUCAUACCGGAGCACGUCGAUCGCACCGGCUUCGCAACGGUGACGGGCACGUACACGUCGCGGGUCAUGCAGUUUGGUGACACCAAUGCGCCCAAUACCCUCAACCUCUUAACCUCGGCGAUGUUCCAGCCGUGUCUCCCGUUCGCCAAGAUCUUUUUCGACGAUGUCCACGUCCAUUCCGAUACCCGUCGCGCGCACUUGAGACACAUCAAGAUCCUGCUGAUGACAUUGAGACAUUACCGGUUCUACUUAGGAUCCAAGAAGUCCGAGUGGUUCUCAAAGUCGUUGGACUCCUUGGGCACCAUCAUUUCUGACGUCGGCAUCGAAGUCGACCCCGCCAAGUGGGUGCGUAUCCGUCAGUGGCCGAUCCCUUGCAACAAGACCGAUGUCCAGCGCUUCCUCGGCACCGUCAACUGGAUGCGAGAUCACCUACCGCACCUCUCAAAGAUUUUGGAGCCGAUCACCGCGUUAAUGGCGCAAGCGACGUCAUGGCGUUGGAACGAGCGAGAACAGCAGGCUUUCGAUACCGUCAAGUCCCUUGUGCCCGCCAUCCUACGACCGAUCGAUGGCGCCAAGGUUACCUCGGGCGAGCACAAGAUGUACCUCUUCACGGAUGCCAGUCGGGUUGGCAUUGUAGAGUGUAGGUCGUGGAACUUUUCGGAACUGGGUGUAGCGACCGCUGGGGCUACUGUUGGGCGCGUCGACGUGGCUACGGUUGCGACGGACGGUCCGAUUGGGAGAAGUCGCAAGGCGGCACAGACGCGGUCUGACGAGACGGCGGUGCGGCUGGACGAUCUGUUCUCUACCGAAGAUUAG